AUGGCGCCUCGUUUCUCGACCGCGCAGCACGGACUAAUUGCCGACAUGCCUCAGUGCGAAGUGCCAGCUGUCGAGAUUGCUCAUGCUGCUCUCUGUACUCCAAAUGCCGUGCGACCUCAAGGAACACCCGACAUGCUUCUCGGAGAAAUGGCAUCAUUUUUGAAGAAUCAAUAUGGAGUCGGCAUUGCUAUCUCAACGAUCAGCUCCGCGUUGCCGGCGGCAGGCUGGACUCAGAAGACCUGGGUGGUCUCGGGGGGGUGUAACGCCUAUCCAAGUAGCCCGCCUCCACAGGGGCGCCAGGUACCAGAUUUUGCCUGCGUACGCCCAGGAUGGCGUGGUCUUUGCCAAAUUUUCCAAGGCUCAACGGAUGCGGCUGUCUUUGGAGAUUACAUUGAGCAGCUACUGCAUCACUGCGGCCGCUGGCCCAACCCCAAGUCCGUGCUGAUCAUGGAUAACGCGUCAUUCCAUCGUUUCGACAAGAUUAACCGUCUUUGUGCCGCAGCUGGCGUCAAGCUUCUGUACUUGAGCCCAUAUACGCCCAUCUAUAAUCCCAUCGAGGAGUUUUUUGCGGAGCUGAAAGCCUUCACCAAACGUCACUGGCAACACAGCAGGGACGCACAUGACGAGGAUUUUGGUUCCUUCCUAGAGUGGUCUGUUGAUGUCGUCAGCGCCAGGGAGACAAGCGCAAGGGGACACUUCCGCCAUGCAGGGAUUGCCGUGAUAGAUGCGUGA